CUUGUAUAAAUAUAGACUGGUUUGGUAAUAUUUGAUGGUAAAAUUAAAGUGUACUAAAGAAAGAAAAUCCAGUCUCGGAUUGCAUUCUUUCAGAAAUUACAGACUUAUUUAUAAAAUUGUAGAAGACUCAAAGCUGUCACAAUGAGUGAGCAGUUGAAAUUCAUUGUUCAGGAGUUGAACAAAGAGCCAUUCAACAAAUCCUUCAACCUGAUCAGCUUUGACUCCCUCGAACCACUGCAGCUGCUGCAAGUGUUGAACGAUGUCUUGGGAGUUGUGGACCCAAAGCAAGCCAUUGAUAUCCGUGAAGAAACUCCAGACAUGACUGCCAUUAGAGUGUUCGGAUGUCUGCGGGUCCUGAAAUACAAGCCUCCUACUGAGAGCACAUUCCGCACCGGGCUGGUGCAGGGGGAGAAGCCCGUAGUGUACCACAUAAUGGAGUGGAUGCUCAGGAACAUUCCCAUGCUGAAGAAACGGGCCUAUCUUGCCAAGUUUCUGGUGAAGGUUGAUGUGCCCGGGGAUAUCAUGCAGGAAGACCCCAUGAAUGAUCUCUAUGCUCAGUAUGAGGAGCUUAUUGAGACGUUCAAGGAACUCCACAAGCAGGCUGAGAACCUGCGUACUGGCGGCUACAACACGGGAGAAAUACGCAAGGACAUCUCCAACAUGGAGGAUGAGAAGGAGCAACUCAUCAAGCGGGUCGACAGGCUUAAACGAAAGGUUGAGCAACACCCGAAUGCCAACACGAUGAUGAACGUGGCCAAGAACCUUCGUCUGGAGAGAGACAAGGAGAAGAAACUGGCCGAACAGAGACAGGAGCAGCUCACACUGAUCCAGCACUCAGAGCAGAGGAUCAAGAGACUGCAGCAACAGCUUCAUGAUCAGAGACAGGCAGCUGUGGGUGCCACACCUGAAGGUCUGCUGCAGCGUCUGGAGGAGGAGACUCGAGCCAACAGCUACAUUGUGAAGGAGCGCCUGCCGAAGGACAUCGAGUCCAAGAAGAAGACUGUCUCUGACCUGCAGAGGGUCGUGGCUGAGCCAGCCAUGGGGCAGGCUGACCUGGAGGAGCUCCAUAAAAAGAUCAGUGACCUGAACACGGAGAUCAAUCAGCUGGUGGAGAAGAGGAUGAGGAGUGGAGAGCCCAUGGAUGACAAACUGUCUCUCUUCAGGCAGCAGGCGGCCAUCAUUGCCCACAAGAAGGAGAAUGCAGCCGAGGGUCUGCGUGAAGCACGUGAUGAGUACUCAAGGCUCAUGCAUGAGGUAGACGAAAAGCGUGAUCUCGCCAAACAAGCUUCCGGUGGCGGAGAGGUGCUCAAAGGAGAGGAGUUCAAGAGGUAUGUUAACAAGCUGCGCAGUAAAAGCACCAUAUACAAGAAGAAGAGGCAGGAGUUGGCGGAGCUCAAGGCAGAGUACGGUGUGCUUGCCCGCACUGAGGAGAUCCUGCACCAGAGGGAUGAGAACAUUGACCAGCAAUUGUCAGUCCUUGAGAGCAAGGCAGGUGUUGCAGGCUACAGGGCGACUCAGGAAAACCUGGAGAAGGUUUCAUCCAAGAAGAGCCAUCUUGACCACAAGAAGGGACAGACCCUGGAGGAGAUAGCAGACAUGGUCAAGGUGUUCACGCAGCGGAUUGCUGAGAAAAAAGGGGCUCUGGCCCCUAUUAUUAAGGAGCUGCGACCACUCAGGCAGCAGGCACAGACUGAAUGCGCGGAGCUGACUGUAGAAUACAACGAUAAGAAGAAGGCGUAUGAUACGAAAGCAGCCGGCCUCGAGUCCAAUAUGGCAAAACUGGAGGCUGAGGUGCGAGGCCUUCACGAGGAGCUGACCCAGGAGGAGUCUCGCUACCACUACCUGCACUGCAUGAUGGGACUGCUGCACCAGCAAGAGAAACGGGUACAUGAGGAGAUGAAGUCCUACACCUCACAGGACAUGUCUGCUCGCAAACGAAACUUCAGGGAGCAGUACGUGAGGAAGAUCCAGGAGCAGGAGAACCUUGCCAAGGGUCUGCGGGAGCAGCAGAAGGGGGUCCGGGAGGGCCAGCAGGGGGCGCUGCAGCAGAUGAAGAUGUGGCGCGACCUAGAGCGGCUCAUCGAGUGCAAGCGGGCUUGCCUGGAGCGGCAGGCAGGCUUCGGGGGCGGCCAGGCAGGUUACAGCUACAUGGAACAGCCCCCGGCGGUCCUUGAGGAUGAUAGGCUUGUUCUGUAGAAGGCCUUGAUAAAGUUUUGGAAUUGAAUCUUGCUCUAGGAAAACAGGGCUUAAUGCAUGUGCGUUAAGUGUUGUUGGAGAUAAGUAUUUGCAGUCUACACAGGCUAAUUGGUGACGACACUUUCCGCUUUUAGUGUUUUUUGUUUGAUUGAGGUCACUUUUUAGCAGAAAAUACAGUUGAGACACAAAGUGACCUCCUUGAUAAGCCUGUGCAGACUGCACAGGCUAAUCUGGGACAACACUUUAUGCACAUGCGUUAAGCCCAAUUUUCCUGGUGUUACUAUUAUAUUUAUUUUGUGAUUUUUAAGACAUUUGUUCAUUUUGAACCAUGCACUGAAAUGGUGUGUACAAUGAUGGUAUUACAUGUAUUAUGAUAGAAUUAUAUUGUAAGGUAAGAUAACAUCUAUUUUUAAAUGGGAAUAUCAACAACAAAAAUUAAUAAAGUAUUGAAUGUCACUAAUUAGCUGACUUUUCAUUUAUGUUGUAUGCAAUUCUCGCAUUAUUAUUUAAUUUUAUGUUUAUUUUAUUUCUUUAAAUACGUUGAUUUAGCGGACAUAUAGACAUUAAGUCAUGCAUGUUCUGUUGAAGAAAGAAAAUAAUUAUUUUCAAGUUCAAAAUGCAUACUUGUGAAAGUAUGUACAAACAUGUAACUGAAUAACUGUGAUAUAUGUUUUGCUAUAACUGUUCCAUUCCGUCCAUAAGACCUGAUCUUUCAUUGUUAGUGAUAUGUCUGACCUGGUUUUGACAUUAUUGCAUGCAUGGAUCAAUGAUUUAUUGCAUAACAUUUCCAUACAAGUCAUCAGAUAUGUUUGGGCUGACAGGUGAUGACGUUAUAUGACACUCCAGUGAACACAUUUGGUAUUCAAUGUCCACAUUGAUUCUGUAAAAUGAUGUGUGCUAUUUUAACAUUUAUAGCAAAUAAAUCAAAUGUUUAAUGUGUUCACAUUUCUGGAACUAUCAAGGAUGUAUACAGUGCCUUUUUUGUCCAAAAGUACAAGAGUCAUCAUAAAAGCUUAUCUAAAUACUUGACUGCGUUCUGAGGCACAUUUUUAUGACUUUACUUUUUGUACUAGCGACUUCUACAAUACUUUUAUGUAUUCAACCAGAAUGUGAUGAGAGCAAAAUGUGACAAUGAGUUAUUUGUAUUCAUUCAUGCUUGUUGGAUAAAAUAAAAAUUCUGGACAAAA